AUGCCUAUGUCCUCAGCAGCUCGGGAUCUGUGUAUGGAUUCUGUUCGAAAAACAUUCCCUGUAAUAUCUGGCACGGAUGUUCAAGUGGAUACGUGCUGUUGGGGAGUACCAGCUCUUACUGUUACCAUUUAUUAUAUUCCUCUUCCGGAGCCUCGAAUCCGAAGACAGGUUACUGGUGUAAUGCAGUUGGAUAUACAGGCGUUGCGAUCUAUGAAAAGACGCCAGGUUGCAGCACCUGCGACCCUUACCCCAACCUCUUCUCCAUCCUCGAUCCCUCCGACAACUAUCCCGAUCCCUACUAGCCCGACCUCUCCAACAUCUCCCGUCCUGCCUAUUUCCACCUCUCCCGCCACAUCCAGCGGCGGGGGCAACGCAAAGAUCGGCAUCAUAGUUGGAGGUGCAGUCGGCGGAAUCGCUAUCAUUGGUGUCGUAGCCAUUGCCGUUAUCGUCCUGCUUCGGCGCAAAGCCAAAACCCCCGACGUCUCUCCUCAACCCAUUCCUCCCGCUCCAAAUAAUUUCCAGCCACCGCCAGCGGGCAAUGUAGGAGUUUCUGUCGCUCCACUGCCCCAGGAGAAGAUGCCAGCCGUGUAUGGAGAAGUCAUGACUCAGGCUGCUACGCCAGUGAACCAAGCAGCCGAUCCGUUGGUCACGUCAUUUUAUGGAGCGGCGCCGGGUGCGCAAAGUCCAGUCCAGCCAGGAAGCCCCGCACCGCAGUACCAGCCUGGAAGUCCUGCGCCACAGUAUCCGGGACCAGGACCUGUUGGGUUGGUGAACGAGUUGCCGGCCAUGAGACAUUAAGGAAGUGCACCGGAAUUGGUCCAGGAAAGGGUUCUAAAGCGGGCAUGUAAUUGAAAAGGUUUAAUGUGUCGAGAUUCAUAGUAUACUUAAGGUUUGGGUGUGCAUUCAUAUCGCAGAAGAGUGGGUUAAUAUCUUUUUUGAGAGCAAAGGUCUAAGAAAGCAUCCGGGACGAGACUGCUCUCCCUGAAUUCUUUAAUUAGCUCUGUCAAGGUUUUCCGGAGUUAGCAGUGUUGGUGGAGAGUGCAUUGAAGUUUGG